AUGCAAUCGCCGUCCUCCACUUCUGUCGCAUCACCUUUCCCAAAUAGCGGCCCGUCCUUCAACCUCGCCCAGCCCCCGCCUGGUCGCCGAAGUGCCGCUCCCCCCACCUCUGCCUCAACGGACCCUCCCCCGAAUCCACCCUCGGAUGCUGGCGAUGCCAUUCGUGACGGAAAACAGCGCGCCAAAGACAUCAUGGCCGCAUCAGGCAUCGACAUGACCUCGUCACCCUCACAAUCUUCGAACGGAGUCGCUAUGUCCAGGAAACGUUCGCGCUCCGGCUCGCGCAUUCUCGCGCGUCCUCAGUCGCCAAACAACCCGCCUCAUGACGAAGUCCUUCUCGAGCGCUAUAUCCAGCGCGACUCAUUAUAUGCCGCCGCCAUGAACGAUCAAGCCGAGAGAUCGCGCAAGCUUCUAAGGCUGAAAGAGCAGGAGAAAGAGUGGUACCUCCACGAAGGAAGACAGCAGAGGCAGCAGCAUCCCGGUGCCGUCUUUGGUUACGGAUAUGCUGGAUAUGGCAAUGGUCGAACCGAUGAUCGAACCAGAUUAGAGUAUCCAGCUCAGCGCCGAAGAGCCGGUAACAGGAGAACGCGCGAAUUACGCGUUGCCAGAAAGGAAGCUGGACAGCAAGCUGAAUAUCUUGAGGAGCUCGUGCCCGUACGACUCGACCUCGAGCUGGAGAAGUUGAGACUACGCGACACCUUCACCUGGAAUCUUAAUGACCGCUUGGUCUCUCCACAACUUUUCGCUGAGAAUCUCAUCGAGGAUCUAAAGAUGCCCCCGGAACAUAGUCAGUUGCUGGCCCGUCAAGUUCAUCAGGAACUGCUUGACCAACUGAACAACUACUAUCCCCACGUCUAUCCUGCCGGCCAGCCUGCAGAGCCAGAUGUGGCAUACAGCGCGCAUAAGAAUGACGAUAUGCGUAUUACUGUCAAGCUCAACAUCACUAUUGGACACAUCACAUUGGUGGAUCAGUUUGAGUGGGACAUCAACAACCCUCUCAACUCGCCUGAAGAGUUCGCCAGACAAAUGUCUCUUGACUUGUCACUCUCCGGUGAAUUCACCACAGCCAUCGCCCACUCGAUUCGCGAACAAUGCCAGCUCUACUCCAAGAGUUUGUUUGUUACCAACUACGAGUUCGAUGGACGACCGAUAGAGGAUCCUGACGUUCGUGAGAAUAUGCUUCCUUCGCCUGUGCCCAACGUUUUCAGACAGCAACAGAGUCAGAAAGACUGGACGCCUUACAUGUACGAGCUCACGGAGAUCGAGCUUGAGAAGACUGAGUUGUCAAUGCUGCGUGAGCAAAGAGCUCAGAAGCGUCAACUCAACAGACGUGGCGGACCCGCUCUGCCAGACCUCAAGGAACGUCAGAGAACUGUUCGCUCUUUGGUCGUGUCGACCGUCAUCCCCGGUGCUGCAGAAACCAUGGAGGCAAGUGGUAUCUUCAAGAUCCGCCGUACUGCAACAGGCAGAGGACGUAGACCUGGUACUCGUAUCAACGACGGAAGCGAUUCCGAUGACUUGGAAGAAGAGGAAUCUGGAGCAGAGUCACCCGCACCAACUCAACUUCCCAGUGGCACAACGAGAACCAGAGGUAUGAGAGGUGCCGCUAGUGCUGCGCAGAUCGCCAUGCGCCAGACCUACGGCAGAUCCGCUACUCCUGAUAUUGCCAUGCUCUCACAGCCAGAGUCCACCAGACCUUCAAGGCGCGUCCAGGAGACGACGGCCCGCGAGGACACUGCAGAACCAACGUCUAUGAUUGUCAAGCUCCGCAUCAACCCUGACAGAUUCAAGCAGUUCUUGGCCAAGAGGAAGUUUGGUCGCAGUGCCGCUCCACCUCUCUCAGGCUUCCCUACAUCCUUCACCAUGCCGCCUGCACGCUCAAAUCCCACACCAGCCAAGCAAGCGGCUGGCCCAUCGACACCUGCAAUGCAGAACCGCGCGCUAUCCGCAGCUUCCGUCACGCCAGCCCGCCAGCCUUUACCACAAGCGCCGACACCAACAACCAAGCUCCCAGCACCGACGCCCACGAAAAUCACAAAAGACGUCGAGUAUGACUCGCAAGGUCGUGUCGAAGCCGCCACCACUCCCAUGCCAGAUGGUGCCACGCCCGACAUCCCCCCCUGGCUCGAAACUGCCCUCGUUGAAAUGCACCGUCUAUACCCAACUUCGCGCUUCUCAGGCCUCAUGCGCUUCUCCGCCAUCGACGCUAACACCGACAACCCCGUUCGCAUCGACCACACUUCUCUCCCCGCUGGCUCACCCCCACCUGCAAACUUCACCAACCCCUCGACUGGCGAAAAGCAAAUCGUCAAGUGGAUGUGGCAACCCCGUAUUCGCUGUGACGACUGCCCUGGUAAAUUGUAUACAGCAGUCAAAGAGGACACGAUUGGCAAGUUUGAGAUUCAUCUUAAGAAUCGUAAACACAAGGCGCAGGUUGAUGCUAGAAUUGCUAGGGAAGAAGCUUCUUAG